AUGUUAAUUCUAGCUGCUUGUCUAUUUCUGAGUUCAGGUUUAGGUGGUGGUGGUUCAGGUUCAGGUUUAGGCUUAGGUUUAGGUUCAGGUGUAGGUGCCGGAUUAUUAGGUAUCGGUUCAGGUGUCGGUGCAUUAGGGUCGGGUUUUGGUGCAUUAGGGUCGGGCUUUGGUGCAUUAGGGUCAGGUUUUGGUGCAUUAGGGUCAGGUUUUGGUGCAUUAGGGUCAGGUGUCGGUGCAUUAGGGUCGGGUGUCGGUGCAUUAGGGUCAGGUGUCGGUGCAUUAGGGUCAGGUGUCGGUUCAGGUUCAGGAUUAGGUUCAGGCGGAGGUGGAGAUGGAGAUAUAGUUGUAUUAGAUGGAGGUGGAGGUGGAGGUGAAGGAUCAGGUGGAGGAGUUGGAAUAGUUGUAGGUUGUUCAAUUGUUGGUGUUGGUCCUAUUGUCAACUGUGAUUUUACUGAUUGGUUUCAAGUGAUAAUAAAAAACUUUUCGGGAAUGAAAGUUACAAUUUUUCGUGUUCCAUUAUCAAUAAUUCUUUCAAAUUUGAAAUUCCCGCGUGAGUGA